AUGGACCAACGAGGCAUUUUUCGUGCCGGACUUCAGGCCCCAAAGGAUCAGCGGGCCUUACUCGACAGACGCGAUGCCUGGGCUGAGCUGAUGAGAAGGACGCCUCAGGGCCUGUUGAAUAUUCCCCCCGAUGUCCUUGACUAUUUAAAGACCUUUCAUGCCCAAAAGAUCAUCCCGUCUACCCCCGCCCCGGGCUCUAGCCAUGUGACGUGGGCUGAGCCGAUGAGCAAAGCACCCCGGGGCUUGCUCAGCGUUCCUCCCGGAAUUCUUGAAGGCUUGACGGCUUUCCAUUCCUCAAAAUCCGCAUUUGCUACAGCAACCACCUCUUCCCCCCAAGCAUCUCUACUUUCCCAGGAACCACAACAGACGGAUCCAAUACCACUGUCAUCGUCACCGCCACGCGAGACCCACCGGCCAAGAACCGCUGUGACUCCUGCUCCGUUGGGAAUAAACCACUCUUCACCGCUGGCAGAUGAUGCUGACUCUCCCUCGGAUACGCCUAUAUCGGGUUGGUCACUCAGUCCUCCUUCUAAUGAUCAUCCAAGAGGAGCCGCCGCUGGGGUUGCAAGCCCUUCAGGUCGAACCCAGGCCUUGCGGCCAAGGACAGCAACAAACAGCAGCGCGCAAAUGUGUUCGAAAGAUUCAGGCUCAGGACCAUCGUCGAAAAGGAUGGCCAAAUCUGUUGCGCAAUCAACGACCGCUCCCAUGCCAAACCCAGACGAGACUGAGAGCCCAACGAGACAAGGCAUAACAUCAUCCUCCGAUGAGGCGGACUCGGAAGACGAGCAAAUGGCUGUAGAGGAACCUCUUGCUCUAGCUCCUGCCUUCCAUAAAUCUGUUAACAAGACCGCCGCCCCAGUAGCUCCAACGCCGCCCUCUGCACAAAUCAUGCCUUGCACGGAUCAAAAGAAUCCGCAACAGCAGCAGCAGCAACAACAGGUACCAAAGAUAAAAAGGCGGAAGAUGAAAAACGCUGUGGGUUUACUCGACAAAUGUCUGGGAGAGAUUCCUGACUCCGAUAUUUUGAUGCAAGAACCACUAUCAGCUCGAUCCACCUUAUUUGCGAAGAGACGUUCAGGAACGAGGACCCCAGUGCCGCGACAAUCUCCUCGAGACCCGAGGUCCCCGAAAGCUCUAUCAUUGAGCCAAACUCCACAGAGUGUCCAUGAGCCAACACCUCAUGCAAGUCAACAUGCCAAAAUUACGGAAAAGCUGCCUCGCGUCUCAGACAAUCUGGGCACUGGCAGCGGCGCGGCUAACCCAUUGACGCGGCAAGCUGGACUAACCCCUUUUGGUAUCUUUCGAACAAAUUAUCCGGAUUUCAAGGGUGAUCUCAACGCUUUUUUGCGGGCGUGUAUGUCAUUACAAUGGCUUGCCUCACAGAACUUACUCAAGGUCUGUUUGUUUGACGACUUUGUGCGCGUUUACUGCCACAAAUACAUAGAAUUUGUCAUGUCCCACGAUUCCCCUCCGAGCGCUAUCGAAUAUUACAACAAAGAUGACGCACAUCCUAGCUAUCUAAACGGUGUCGUCGAUGCUUCAUUUCUGAAGCGUAUCCAAGCGGUAUACUGGGCCGAGAUCGCGGCUAUUGAAGCUGGUAACCCUGUUGGGGAAUCGGUAGAGACAUCCCAAGUCCGUGCUGAGCAGGCAUCUGUGGACAUGGAAAUUGAUCAGCCAGAUGAGGAUUUUGUUGCCGACAACGCUGAAGAACAUACGGGAAACCAUGAUGCCUCAACACUCUCUUCGCCUCGUCAACCGACACAACCCGAAGAAAGCGGGAUCUUCGAUAUUGACGACGACCUCUUCUAUCGCUCGUCUCGAGUAGCAUCGCCGGACCUGAGCACUCCAGUGGCUCACAGUCGGCGAAAUUCAAUGCCACAAGGCGACACUCAUACGCAACCGAACUCUAGUGCACCUUCCACUGGCUCCAUUUUGGACUUGACGUCGAGUUCAGCAUCGGAUGUCAUCAUUCCGAACACCUCUGUCUCAAUGUUGGACACCAACCCAUCAAGAAUUCCCGAAACGGUGCACAAGCCUAGGUCUAGGCGAAGCACAGAGAGUGCCAAAAGGCCAUUCCGUCUGAUUGCCGCUCUAAGCAACAGAGACAGUCCGACGUCUUCGAUGAGCAGCGCGCAGAGGAAAAGAAGGUUUGGCGAGUAUUUGGCCAAAAGCGGACAGAGAAGCGAGGCGUAA